GUCUCGGUGGUCUCCGCCGUGAACAGUCUGCAGGCCUACAAGUCUGAUGCCUAUUCUGCGCAGCUCUACAAUGCCAGAACCGCGUCCGGUCAGAGCAGCACCAACCCUCUUUCGUCGCGCACCUUCGGGACCUGGACGUUCGUGUCCGCCGUGGUUCGCAUGUACGCUGCCUACAACAUCAACAACUCCGUUUCGUACGACCUAGCGAUCUGGACCUUUGGCAUCGCUUUGCUACACUUUGUCGGCGAGUGGUUGGGCUUCGGAACGGCCGAGCUCAAGGGUCGCUUCGUCAGCCCCCUGAUCGUCGCCUCGUCCACUCUCGCGUGGAUGUUGACGCAACGGGAGAGCUAUCUCUCGCUUUAA